AUGUUCAAAACCAACUUCAACCAAGAUUGCUUCCUCAUGAACCAAUUCAUAACCGCAUCAUCUUCAAUCUCUUCUCACACAAACCUCGCAACUUCCACUUUCACACAGAUAAAAAAACCAAACACUUUAGUUUACAACGCACUCAUCAAAGCCUGCGUUCGUUGCCACUCAUCAAACCAAGCACUACUACAUUACAUAAACAUGCUCCAAAACGGUGUCUUACCAUCAAGCUAUUCAUUCUCCUCUUUGAUUAAGGCCUGCACUUUGUUAACAGAUUCUGUAAACGGUAAAGCACUUCAUGGACACGUGUGGAAAAACGGUUUCCAUUCACACGUGUUUGUUCAAACUACUCUGGUUGAAUUCUAUUCCAGUUUGAGUCAUGUGCGUGAUUCAAGAAAGGUGUUUGAUGAAAUGUCUGAGAGAGAUGAUUAUGCUUGGACGACGAUGAUUUCAGCAUACGUGCGCAAUAACAACGUUGAAUCUGCAGAGAAACUGUUUGAUGAAAUGCCCGAGAGAAAAAACGCUGCUACAUGGAAUGCGGUGAUUGAUGGGUAUGCAAAAUUAGGCAAUGUUGAGCGUGUUGAGUUUUUGUUUGAUAAAAUCCCUUCUAAGGAUAUAAUCUCGUGGACAACUUUGAUGAGUUGUUAUUUGAAGAACAAAAGAUAUUAUGAAGUUGUGAAGCUUUUUAAUAAAAUGGUGAAUGAGGGAAUGGUGGUUCCUGAUGAAGUUACUAUAACAAUUGUGAUUUCAGCUUGUGCUCAUUUGGGUGCAGUUGGGUUAGGAAAAGAGGUGCAUUUUUAUUUGAUGGUAAAUGAGUUUUGUAUUGAUGUUUAUAUUGGAUCUUCGUUGAUCGAUAUGUAUGCGAAAUGUGGAAGUGUAGAAAGGUCGCUUUUGGUGUUUUAUAAAUUACAAGACAAGAAUCUUUUUUGCUGGAAUUCCAUGAUUGAUGGACUGGCUGCACAUGGCUAUGCGAAAGAGGCGUUAAAGAUGUUUGAGAAAAUGGAAAGAGAGGGAAUAAAGCCAAAUGGAGUUACAUUUGUUAGUGUUUUAACUGCUUGUACUCAUGCAGGGUUUAUACAAGAGGGUCGUCGUUUGUUUGUUAGUAUGAUUGAGGAUUAUUGUAUUGAUCCUCAAGUUGAACAUUAUGGAUGCAUGGUUGAUUUAUUGAGCAGAGGUGGUUUGCUUGAGGAUGCUUUGGAGAUGAUUAGAGGAAUGAGGUCCGAACCGAAUGGUUUCAUUUGGGGUGCCUUGUUGAAUGGGUGUAAGGUUCAUAGAAACAUGGGUAUUGCUCUUGUUGCGGUUCGGAAUCUGAGGGUUAUGGAGCCGAGUAACAGUGGGCAUUAUAGUCUUCUUGUUAAUAUGUAUGCUGAAGUGAAUAGGUGGUGCGACGUCGCGAAGAUCAGGACUGAAAUGAAAGAUUUGGGUGUGGAGAAGACAUGUCCUGGGUCUAGCUGGAUUGAAAUCAACAAGGAACUUCAUGUUUUUGCUGCGUCUGAUAAAUAUCACCCAUCUUAUAGUCAGGUUCACUUGUUUCUAGUUGAGCUGGACGAGCAGCUGAGACUAUCUGGUUAUGUCCCUGAAAUGGGGUCUGUUCUUUAUUGA